CCAUCGUCGAUGACCGGGGUUGUCGACUGUAGCACGACUUUCUAGUAAUUAAAUAGUGCACACCUACAUAGAUGAACUGAGGCUUAAAGUCGACUUGACUCGGGAAAAAGUAAAGAAUCUCUCCCCCAAGGAGUUCGGAAGGAAGCCAUGACGUGAGCCUGGAAAUGGACGAUUUCUCUUAACUGAAAGCGUGAAUAGCGUGUGUUUAGUGUACCUUGCCCUCCUCGAUCCGAACACGCACAAUGUCUUUGGAUCUGGAUGAGAAGACCUUAGAGGCCGUCGCCAACAAUGGCGAAAUGGACUAUGAGAAAUGGCCCGCCAUAAUCGAACCACUACUGCAACGUCUGAAUCAGAUCGUCUACACUGAGUUUCCCAUGCCACGACCUUAUCCGAGCAUGAACCGUCAGCCAUCGCUGUCUUCUCCCGCUCAGAAUCAAGCAACCUCGAACCGAGACUCCAAUCCUGUCGCGCAGGCUCCCUCUACGCCCGUCCGAAACCUCCCUCCAGUGCCUCCCUUUCCCAACUCGUCAGCUACCUCCACAAGCCAUGUACCGGACUCUUUACCUCCUUCCCAAGACCCUGCCGUGGAUCCGAUCAACGAACUUCCUGCGCUGUUGCUCCAAAUGCUUAACAGCGUAACACAAACUCUCCAGUCAGCAUUUUCCGAAAGACCACCGCACACUAUUCAACGACUAGCGGAACUAGUCAUAUACCCAACGAAACACUACAAGGCCCUACCAGCCUGGCUGCGAGCGCUAGAUCGAGUGGUCAGGGUGAGCAGUUCCGCGGACAUUUUCCCUCUGUCAGACACUCCUCCCAUGGUUAAUGGUGUCAACGGUGACGGUGGUGGGGGAAUACUCUGGAACAACGACAACACGCGCAAUGGAUACGAUAACAAUUCUUUGGGUAGUGACGAGAGCCUGGGUGGUGCGCUGCUAACUCCCAUACCGUGGUUGCGGAAUGGACUUGGUGGCGUUGAAGGAUCGAGCGAGGAGUCGGGUCACCUGGGCUCGGAUCAGAGUGCCAGUACAGACAGUCUUGGUGAGCCUCUAAUAAUGCCGGAGCACAACGCUUCGGAACAUCUGGCGCCAGAAAGAGCAGAUGGCGGAGUCACACAGGGUGAAUUGAUGCGGAUGGAGCAAGAGGCAGGUGUGAUACCUUUGAACCAGAGUUCCCAUGAUGGCAGUGGGGCUCCGAGCAGAACCAUGGCUGGGGCCGAGGAAGGUCUAUAUAUGGACGAGGACGGAGACCUGGUACCUCAUGCGCGUGGGCCUGAUGUUGUUGGGUCAGUGGAUAUGGGUCGUGUUGGUGGUCAAGAUGUGCAGAUUCGAAUUGGAAGUCCUCCCCAGGAAGACGGCAGGACGACGGAUGCAAAUGACGCACAGACGGUACUUCCAGACCAAGAUGAUCUUCCAACCGUCACGGACUCGGCUAUCGAGCCAUCUACUGUUGAUUCAGACGACUUUGAGAUAGUGCUCAAGGACAGUGAGAGUGCUGCUGCAGGCGUUGAUGCCAUGCAAGUUGACGAGUCUGCGAGAUCCGAUGGAAAGCAGGAAAUUGGGCAGCAGUCGAAGGAGGAGCACGAUGGAGAUAUCGUCCUGGUUGAUGCGGAUGGCAAGACUGAGGAUGACGCUGCAUCGAAAGCCGAUGCCUCGGGCGAGAAUAUCGGGCCUGAUGCCGCAGACACGUCGACCGUUACCUGAGUUUCUUGGUCGCAGAUUUGGAAGAAUAAAUCAGGACCUGUGCGCCCAUAAAGCCAGAGCGCGACGCAGACUCAUGUUGCUGGACGUCUGAAAUCGCCGCGAGGAGGAACGAAGAGCCUGGGCUUGCAGUGCAGUGCAGUGCACGAAUGUUAGUCUCGGCCCCAACUUGUUCGAUACUGGCAUCAAAAACAAUGAGCCUUCCGCGCCGAUGGCUGAUCAUGAUUAUAGUAGUGUUGUCCAGA